UCCGAGUGGCGGCGGCGCGGGCGGGGUCCAGGCUGCUGCGCGCCCGCCCCGGCACUGCUCGGCCUGCUCGCCAUGGACGACGACGACGUCUCCGCCCGCAAGGGCUCCUUCCGAAAGUUCCUGGAGCACCUCUCCGGGGCCGGCAAGGCCAUCGGCGUGCUGACCAGCGGCGGGGAUGCCCAAGGUAUGAAUGCUGCUGUCCGUGCUGUGGUGCGCAUGGGAAUAUACGUGGGGGCCAAGGUGUACUUUAUCUAUGAGGGUUACCAAGGCAUGGUUGAUGGCGGCAGUAACAUCGUGGAAGCCAACUGGGAAAGCGUCUCCAGCAUUCUGCAAGUGGGAGGCACCAUCAUAGGCAGCGCUCGCUGCAAGGCCUUCCGCACCCGGGAGGGUCGGCUGAAAGCCGCUGGGAACCUGGUUCAGCGGGGCAUCACCAACCUGUGUGUGAUCGGCGGCGACGGAAGUCUCACCGGGGCCAACAUCUUCCGGAAGGAGUGGAGCGGGCUGCUCAAAGAGCUGGCCGAAAAUGGCGACAUCGACAGGGAGGAGGUGCAGAAGCAUGCCUACCUCAACGUCGUGGGCAUGGUUGGCUCCAUCGACAACGACUUCUGCGGCACUGACAUGACCAUCGGCACCGACUCCGCCUUGCACAGGAUUAUCGAGGUCGUGGACGCCAUCAUGACCACCGCCCAGAGCCACCAGAGGACCUUUGUGCUUGAGGUCAUGGGGAGACACUGCGGGUACCUAGCCCUGGUGAGCGCCCUGGCCUGCGGGGCAGACUGGGUGUUCCUUCCAGAAUCUCCCCCGGAAGAAGGCUGGCAGGAGAACAUGUGCGUCAAGCUCUCGGAGAACCGUGCCCGGAAGAAAAGACUGAAUAUCAUCAUUGUGGCGGAAGGUGCCAUCGACACCCAAAAUAAACCCAUUACCUCUGAGCAAAUCAAGGAGCUUGUGGUCACGCAGCUGGGGUACGACACGCGGGUGACCAUCCUUGGACACGUGCAGAGAGGCGGGACUCCUUCAGCCUUUGACAGGAUUUUGGCCAGUCGCAUGGGGGUGGAGGCCGUGGUCGCCCUUCUCCAGGCCACCCCAGAGACCCCGGCCUGCGUGGUGUCGCUGAGCGGGAACCAGGCCGUCCGCCUGCCCCUGGUGGAGUGUGUGCAGAUGACCCAGGACGUGCAGAAGGCCAUGGACGAGAGGAGAUUUAAGGACGCCGUGCGACUCCGCGGAAGGAGCUUCGAGAGCAAUCUGAACACCUACAAGCGGCUCGCCAUCAAGAUGCCAGAUGACCAGAUCCCAAAGAGCAACUGCAAUGUGGCAGUCAUCAAUGUGGGCGCCCCCGCUGCCGGGAUGAACGCGGCCGUGCGCUCGGCCGUGCGCGUGGGCAUCUCCGAAGGGCACAAGAUGUUUGCCAUCUACGACGGCUUCGAGGGCUUCGCCAAGGGCCAGAUAAAGGAGAUCGGCUGGGCGGAUGUCGGAGGCUGGACCGGCCAAGGAGGCUCCAUUCUUGGGACCAAACGGACGCUGCCCGGGAAGUCCCUGGAGGCGAUCGCCGAGCAGAUGCGGACCCACAGCAUCAACGCGCUGUUGAUCAUUGGUGGAUUUGAGGCCUACCUGGGACUGCUGGAGCUGUCAGCUGCCCGGGAGAAGCACGAGGAGCUCUGUGUCCCCAUGGUCAUGGUCCCCGCCACGGUGUCCAACAACGUGCCGGGCUCCGAUUUCAGCAUCGGCGCGGACACCGCCCUGAACACCAUCACCGACACGUGUGACCGCAUCAAGCAGUCGGCCAGCGGGACCAAGCGCCGCGUGUUCAUCAUCGAGACCAUGGGGGGCUACUGCGGCUACCUGGCCAACAUGGGGGGGCUCGCCGCCGGAGCCGACGCCGCCUACAUCUUCGAAGAGCCCUUCGACAUCCGCGAUCUGCAGGCCAACGUGGAGCACCUGACCGAGAAAAUGAAGACCACCAUCCAGAGGGGACUCGUGCUCAGGAACGAGAGCUGCAGCGAGCACUACACCACGGACUUCAUCUACCACCUCUACUCCGAGGAGGGCAAGGGCGUGUUCGACUGCAGGAAGAACGUGCUGGGCCACAUGCAGCAGGGUGGAGCGCCUUCACCGUUUGACAGAAACUUUGGAACCAAGAUCUCCGCCAGAGCCAUGCAGUGGAUCAGCACAAAGCUAAAGGAGGCUCAGGGGAAAGGAAAAAGGUUUAUGACCGAUGAUUGCGUCUGCGUGCUGGGAAUAAGCAAAAGAAACCUCCUUUUCCAACCUGUGGCACAACUGAAGAAGGAAACAGACUUUGAGCACCGGAUCCCCAAGGAGCAGUGGUGGCUGAAGCUGCGGCCGCUCAUGAAGAUCCUGGCCAAGUACAAGGCCAGCUACGAGGUGUCCGACCCCGGCCAGCUGGAGCACGUGCACCACCGAGGCCACGAGGAGCCCGCCGCCAUCUAGACGCCGCUGGCCCGCACCGCCCGGCUGGCGCUGCUUCCGACUUCCCGUUUACCGCCCGUUUUUGUAACACUUAAGUUAUUUAUCGGCACUUCGCGUGAGUUCUGCUGACAUUAACACCCGGUCACAGAGCCCCCCCGUCCUGUCUCCCUCUCCCCGCAGACCCCCAAGGCUCCAGCACGACUUGUCUGCUGCGUCUCCUACUGUUUGCCGCUUGCAAACAUGUGUAUCCAGUAGAAUUAAACGUUUGGCUACAACUCCAA